CCGAUGGCACAUCUCGCCGCGGCGAUGGGCGGCUGCAGCAUCCUCCUGCGGCGCCCCGCCCUCACCUGCGGCCGCGCCGCGCUGCGCCCCGCAGCCCGCGCAGCCCCCGCAGCCCGCGCAGCCCCCGCGCCGCGCCCGCCCGCCGCCGCCUCCUCCUCCUCGCUGUGCGCGGCGCGGGAGGCGGCGCGGGGCCGCGGGCACCCCCUGGCCGCCCUGCCGGGCCCCCCGCGCUGGCCGCUCAUGGGCAGCCUGCCCGACGUGCUCUGGAAGGGGGGGCUCAAGCGGCAGCACGAGACGCUGGCCGACUACCACAGGAAAUUUGGCAAGAUUUUCCGCAUGAAGCUGGGGGCCUUCGACUCCGUCCACAUCGCAGCCCCCUGCCUCUUGGAAGCCCUGUACCGGCGGGAGAGCGCCUGCCCCCAGCGCCUGGAGAUCAAGCCUUGGAAAGCCUAUCGCGACUAUCGCGAUGAGGGCUACGGGCUGCUGAUCCUGGAAGGAAAGGACUGGCAGAGGGUUAGAAGCGCCUUUCAGAAGAAGUUAAUGAAGCCCGCGGAAGUUGUGAAGCUGGAUGCCACAAUCAAUGAGGUCCUGGAGGACUUCAUGUAUAGAAUGGAUGAUCUCUGUAACCACAAUGGACAAAUUGAAGAUGUAUAUUCAGAAUUCAACAAAUGGUCAUUUGAAAGUAUCUGCCUGGUGCUGUAUGGGAAAAGGUUUGGUCUCCUGCAGCAUGAUGUAGAAGAAGAAGGUUUGAACUUCAUCAAGGCUGUGAAAACGAUGAUGGCUACUUUUGGAAUGAUGAUGGUGACCCCAGUGGAGCUUCACAAGGGUUUGAAUACAAAAGUCUGGCAAGCUCACACUAAAGCAUGGGAUAAUAUAUUUAAAACAGCCAAGCAGUCCAUUGACAGUCGACUGGAAAAACAUUCUGCAAACCCUCACGAGGAUUUCCUGUGUGACAUCUAUUCCGGAGGACAACUUUCCAAGAAAGAGCUGUAUGCUGCCAUUGCCGAGCUCCAGAUUGCGGGAGUUGAAACGACUGCCAAUAGUUUACUGUGGGCUUUGUAUAACAUUUCGCGCAAUCCACAUGUUCAGCAGAAACUUUUUACGGAAAUACAGAGUGUUUUGGCUGCUAAUGAGAGUCCAAGUGCUGAGAACUUGAAGAAAAUGCCUUACCUAAAAGCAUGUCUGAAAGAAUCCAUGAGAUUAACACCAUCUGUGCCAUUUACCACUCGCACUAUUGACAAAGAAAUGGUUCUAGGAGAUUAUGUACUACCCAAAGGAACAGUACUAAUGAUAAAUACCCAUGCGCUGGGUUGCAAUGAGGAGUACUUUAAUGGCUGGACUCAAUUUAAACCAGAGCGCUGGCUACAGAAGAACUUAAUAAACCCUUUUACUCAUCUUCCAUUUGGCAUGGGGAAGAGGAUGUGCAUCGGACGUCGCUUAGCAGAACUACAGCUUCAUUUAGCCCUCUGCUGGCUCAUUCGCAAAUACCAAAUUGUAGCAACUGACAGCAAGCCAGUAGAAACACUCCAUUCGGGAAUACUGAUUCCUAACCGGGAGCUUCCCAUUGCAUUUCAAAGACGCUAAGGUCAUAGAAGACAAAUGACAAUCCUACUGCUGCCUUUACUGAAGACAACAUAUACCCCUGGGGAAAGCCAAAACCUGUGGUAACCAGUGGAGAAACUGCAACAGACACCCCUUGACCAGCCACUGAGAGAUGGAAAUAGUGUCGACAAAAGCUCCCCUCGUGUUUCUUUGGCAAAUGUGGUUAGUUCAGCUUUACUUAGCAGUGUCAAAAGGAAAGAAAAAUACUCUGCACAUUCAUAUACCUGUGGAAAUACAGCAAUUUAGUGCAGCCAAGGGAUUCUGCAGGAUAAAGUUUGAUAAUGAGCUGUGGAGCGGUUAUAUAUAGCUCUUAUUAGCACACAGUGAAAUUAUUACAGCUGCAGGCUGGUCAACAGGCUAGCCGAAAAGAGCUGGUUUCAAGCUUGGGACACCUGGGGGAACAACAGGCAGGGCUGAACUGGCCCUGUUAGCUCAGAUGAAGUGCUUUGAGAACUCAGUUGAAGGGAAAAGAAAAUUGCUUAAUCCUUAUUGGACUAGUUGUCUCAUGAAUUAAACAGGGAAUUAGGCUGCCAGUCUGUAAUAAGGCUAACAACAGGAAUUAAAAAUUAGGAUAAUGGAAGAAGUAUAUUUUCCCUUAAGUUUUUUCCCUUCCUUAAUAAAAGGGAAGUAAGGACAAAGCUACAUAAUCAGAAUUAUUCAUCGUGCCUGCACAGUACUUAAAUUUUAACAGUUGCAAUAUUGUGACUGCCUCAUACUCCACUCAGACCUAUAGUGUUUUAUGCCUCCAGCUCCCACACAAACUGUCUCAUCACGUCUUUAUUACAAAAAUCUUAGUAGCCUUUUAUUGUAUGAGAGGCUCCAUCCAUAAAUGGAAUCACUGGAAUCCUAUGGGUUCUGCCAUAAAUAAUGGUUAUCCUAACAGGAUAGUUACUUCAUCAGAUGAGUAAUGUAAAAUGUGUGUUUCAAAGCACUGUAGGAAAUAGGGAACCUAAACAUUUCCAAGAGGUUUAUUUAUUGUGGAGACUUCAAUACCUGUAUUGAAGGGUUAAAGUGGUCAUUGCCCUGCAUGUAAUACAGUCUUAGUUAUUAUGGUCACUAGUAUUUUUCCCAUGCUGCAGUUUCAAGUGCGGGUUUAUAUAUGUAACCAUUAAUGGUUAUUUUUUAUAUUCUGAAAUGAUGAAAAAUCUUAGCAUUUGUCGGCCUCUUGUUUUGUUUGUUUUCCUUUGGUGUUGGUUUUUCUUGGACAUGUAAAUGUAGCAAUAUUACAAUGUGUAAAGCAAUUUGUGCAUUAUUUGAAUCUUUCUAGUCAAUUUUGUAAUAGUCAAAUUUGUAAUAAAAUAAUGUUCUUUUUCUAUAAA